UGAUAUGAAGCAUGGUGGGGCGUCUGGAUUUUUGUUCCUCUUGUCUUUAUACGCACAUUAGCCUCGUUAUCAGCAGUAUAUAUAUGUAUCGCACUUCCGGCGUUCACCCCAUGGCAGUGGAGAGCGCGUUCUUUUGUACAUUUUUCUUUUCCAAAAACUACCUUCAGAAUGGCAGAGAAGGCAAGUAUUCGAGCCUUCGACAGCCAAAGAGAUGCCCUUAUGGUAGAGGAGUUAGAGAGUAGAUGUGAAGUAGGCCCGAGUGGCAGCUCGUUCCUUCUCUCUGACUUGAUGGGCGACCCCAUCGCCAGGAUCCGCUACUGCCCUUUGUACACCAUGCUGGUUGCUGACUUGAAUGACGAGUUGGUUGGCGUGGUCCGGGGCUCCAUAAAGACAGUGGUGACCUGCGCUCACUCCCCGACUCACCUGGCCAAGGUGGGCUACGUCCUCGGCCUGCGAGUCUCGCCGCAGCACCGCCGGAAGGGCAUAGCCCACCAGCUGGUCAUCAGCUUGGAGAAGUGGUUCGUCUCCAAUGGCGCAGAGUACGUCUACAUGGCCACGGAGAAAGACAACCUUGCCUCGGUUAAGCUCUUCACCGAGAAGUGCCACUACUCCAAGUUCAGGACACCCUCGAUCCUAGUGAACCCAGUGAGCUACCACACUAAGAGAAUCCCUUCCAGCUUCAGGAUCGUGAAGCUCAGCACAGACCAGGCAGAGUUCCUUUACAGGAAGCAGAUGGGCUCGACCGAAUUCUUCCCCGCUGACAUCAACCGUGUUCUUGCGAACCCACUGAGCUUGGGGACCUGGGUGGCCUUCCCGAGAGGCGAGACUUGGGAUAACAUGGGGAAGCCGCCGCAGAGUUGGGCAGUCUUGAGUGUGUGGAACAGCAGUGAGCUGUUCAAGCUGAGGGUGGAAGGUGCAUCAAUGGCCUGUGCUCUGUAUGCUAGGAGCUGUGGGGCCAUAGACCGAGCGUUCCCUUGUUUCAGGCUCCCUGCAUUUCCUGAUCUAUUCAGCCCAUUUGGGUUCUACUUCUUGUAUGGUUUGCAUGGCCAGGGGCCCAAGUCAGGGUCCCUUAUCAGGGCACUCUGCAAAUUUGUACAUAACAUGGCUGCUAGAAAGAGUGAAGAUUGCAGAGUAAUUGUGACUGAGGUGGGUGGGCAGGAUGAGCUGAGGCAUCACAUCCCACACUGGAAGAAGCUCUCUUGUUCAGAGGAUUUAUGGUGCAUCAAGAGGUUGGGUGGUGAGAGCUCCUGCUGUGCAAAGGAGGGGAAGGACUGGACCAAGAGCCCGCCACCUCGCUCCCUUUUCGUAGAUCCACGAGAAGUUUGAACUGCAAGUGGCGACCACUUUGUCCCACUGAAAACACAAUCCUUCACUAUCAUCUUGUUCUUCACUUUCUUCCGUUUGUUUUUGCAUUUUUUUUCCCUCUCUCCUGUUCUUCUUAAAUCUUGCCUCUGUUAUUGCUAAUUUUUGUGCCUGCCUAA